UAAAAUAUAAGUUCAAGUUUAAGGUGUCAAAUUACAUAUAAAUUCUGACAUAUAAAUACACUGUCUGCAGUUGUUUCAUCUUAAGUUAACAAUCAAUAACUCCAUUACUUGUUUAGACCAGGAAGCUGCCUGUAUCCAAAGAGGCAAUAAAAGGGGAAUCAUGUUAAUUAAUUUAAAAGCCAUAUCUGAGGCAGGCUGUUAGUUUUUGUAGGGAUAUCAGUUGAAUUGUUGAAGUAUUGAUCCAAAAACAUUCUACAAUGGAAAAUGGAAUAGACAAGAUAGAGAAUAAAGAAAUCACUACUGCAGAAGAAUGGAAGAAUGCGACACAAGAUAUCGAGUCUGAUAACCAUGACCAAACCUAUCCUGUACAACUCCUAUACUGGAACACUCACAUAGAUAGCUCCCUAGAUCCCUGUAAAAAUGGAUACCUAAUGGUAACAGAUAAAGGAAAUGUCUGUAGUGAUGGAAAUAAAAAUGACCCAAGAACUUUAUUUGAUAUAGUCCAUGAUGUCCUAACUGAUCGCUACCGUUUAAUAUGUAAAGGGGGAGACUGUAAAGGUUAUAUACUGUACAUGAUAGAUCAUGAUCUCAAAGCAAAGAAAUGGAAAAUAAAAGAUUCUGGGAAAGAUACAUCUGUAUUUUUCAGUUUCCAUUCAAAACAUAACAAUGAAAAACCACCAUGGAAGAUUAGUUCAUACAGUGGUGUACCACUUCAGUUCAACUCUAAUGGUAAUUUCCUCAUUGAAAAGCCAGGGAAUGACACAACAGAUUAUACUGAUCCAUAUUAUUUCAUUCCAUUUACUGCCCAUACAAUGCAUAUUUCUGCUGUCUGAUUCAAAAAAUCAAGUCAAAUAUGUUGUUUUCGGUAUUUGAAAGUAAAAUUUUAAGUAGGUAAAAAUUUGUUUGGCUUUUCAUUUCGCUGGUAUCAUCUAUCCAUUAAAUCAACAAAAUUAAAACGCGAAUGAAAUUUUUUGUUAGAUGGGCCCUAAAAUUAAUUAAUUGCUUUACAUAAAAGAAAAUAAAGGAGUAGGUCCGAUAGGGGCCGAUUUUGGCCUCAAAUUUCAGGUUCAUCUAACAAAAGAUUUUAGACACUUUUUAAACACUUAAGUUUCUAUUACAAUUGAUUUGAUUAAUUUUUGUGAAGGAUUUAAACUGAUUUAGUCAUUAAAAAUGCUCUGAUUCGAGCUUAAAUAUGAUAAAUCUAUGACAAAUCUAUCAAAAAAUUAUGACAAAAAACGUCACUUUACAGAUGGUUUUUGUCCAAAAUGAAAGUGGCUGCAUCCGUGUUCAUCCUCAACCUUUAUAUAUGUUAUGUAUUAUAAUAAAAUACAACUGACAUUUCAAUAUUAUGAAUGAACACGCAUGUGGCCACUUUCAUUUAAGAUGAAAACCGUCUAAAUUUGAGAAAAAUGCUAAAUUAUGAAGAUUUCAGUAAUUUAGCACGACUUAAUGAUGCUAGUACCCAUAUAUGUGCAUUGUACUGUCACAUACAGCCCAUAUUUAUGUAGCAGAAGCAUUCUUCUUUCCAAUUAAAAGCUAAAAGAUUACAUUUUCACAAUUUCGUAAAACUGCUAUAUGUUGGGGCCAAAAGGGGUCUUACUGAACCUACUCCU